GAACUCUGCAGAUUUCCACCAGACUUUUUCUGCAACUAAUAAUAGACAACAGGAAGCUGGUUGACCAGCCAUCACUGUCACACACCCAACGACUCAACUUCCUGCUUGUAACUCAUUGUGAGGUGGUGGUUUUGACAGAAGCGUAAAAGGCAAUAAAGACAUAAAGAAAUAGACGGAGAGAUACAGACACAGACAGAUCUGUUCGCAAAUUAGAGAGAAACUAAAAAGUUGUCGUUGCUAGCAGAGAGCCCGCUGAUGGAGCCACAGGAGAUCAGAGAGGGAUACUUGGUGAAAAAGGGUACAGUGUUAAAUUCAUGGAAAGCAGUAUGGGUGGUGCUGUCAGAUGAUGGUGUGGAAUUCUAUAAAAAGAAAACAGACCGUUCACCAAAGGGUAUGAUCCCACUGAAAGGAGCCACUCUCAUCAGCCCAUGUCAGGAUUUUAGCAAGAGGCCGCUGGUGUUCAAGAUUACCACGGCGAAGAAGCAGGAUCAUUUCUUCCAAGCUUCCCAUGUGGAGGAAAAAGAAUUCUGGGUAAAGGACAUCAAGAGAGCCAUUACCUGCCUGCAGGGAGGGAAAAAGUUUGCCAGAAAGUCCACACGACGCUCCAUUCGCUUGCCUGACACCAUCAACCUCACCGAACUUUACACGCUGAUGAAAGACCAGGACACAGGAGUGAAAGAGCUGACACUGGAGCAGGAUAAUCGAGUUUUCAACCACUGCUUCACUGGUGCAACAGCGGUAGAGUGGCUGAUUUCAAAGGGAAAGGCAAGAAAUAGACCUGAAGCCCUGGUCUUAGCAACGGGGCUUCUGAAUGAGGGCUUUCUCCAGCCUGCCGGGGACCUGUCGAAAGAGGGAGCUGAGAGUGGAGAGCAGACAGCCUUCUUGGAUCAGACCAAAGCUCUGUAUUACUUUGCAGACAGUGGGUUCUUUUCUGAAGGCUACUCCAGUGAUGAAGAUGUACUUGUCAAGGAAGAAUUCAGAGGAAACAUCAUAAAGCAAGGCUGUUUACUUAAACAGGGACAUCGGAGAAAAAACUGGAAAGUGAGGAAGUUCAUACUGCGGGACGACCCUGCCUAUAUGCAUUAUUGUGAUCCUUCAAAGGGGGAUGACCCUCUGGGCUCAGUCCACCUCCGUGGGGCCGUGGUUACGGCUGUGGAGGAUGUCCCUGAUGCAAAAAAGUAUGACAUUGAGGGAAACCUCUUUGAGAUCAUCACAGCUGAUGAAACUCACUAUUUCCUCCAAGCUGCAACGGCUGAAGAAAGAAAGGAUUGGAUCAAAGCGAUACAGGCAGUGUCGAAAAGUGGAAAAUAACAGAAGCUGUGAAAAAAUAGGGGGGAUGUUCUGCCAGCUACUGAUGUAAGAAAACCGAAUCAGUCAAACUUUCAUCCCAUUGUCUUUUAUUGUAAUUGUUUAUAUUAAGUAACUUUCAAGUUUGAAUCCUGUACACAUUGUAUACUGACUGUUCAUCUGAUGUGUUUAUGCAUGAUUGACAGUUUCACUUCAUUAGAAAAUAAAGAUUAGAUUAAACUAAGUGCACUCAGUAAUUCCCAUAAAUGUUAAUGUGUGUUUGCUCGUAAAUGCUUGUCGUACUAAGGAGAAUAUUUUGGGAGAUUUCAGUAUUAUAUUUUUAUACUCUCGAUAAUGAUGAAUAUAAAUGUGGCGGGGAGUGAAACUUAAAAACAGCUGUCUUUAAAAAUAUUGCAAACCUUAAAAAAGUGCCUUGCUUCAGAAUCUAUAAUAAAA